AUGGAACUCUCUAAUUGCAGUGUAACAGAAGAAGGUUAUAAAGCUCUGGCUUCAGCUCUGAGAUCAAACCUUUCACACCUGAUAGAGCUGGAUCUCACAGGGAAUGAUCCUGGAGAAUCAGGAGUGAAGCAGCUCAAUGAUUUACUACAGGAUCCAGACUGUCAACUGAAGACACUGAGGUUUUUGAGUCCUGCUGCAGAGGAAGCCUGUCAGUAUGUGAAUAGAGUUGUGGGUGAAAACCCGUUUCUCCAGAGAAAGCUGAAUCUGAGUGGACAUAAACUAGGAGACACACGAGUGAAUCAGAUCGCUGCUCUACUGCAGGAUAACACUGUCGACUCAACACACUGA